AAAUAUGGGCCGGCGAGGCACAAUUUAGGCCCAUUAGUAACAAAACAGUCAAAACGUCUGGUACUACUAGUACUGGAUUUGACCUCUUCCCUUUGUCAAAACUUAAACCCUUUCAAAUCAAAGAUCCUUGUUUUUUUCCAUAAAACCUCCUCCGAUAUCAUCGUCUCUCCUAUUCUAUUCUCCCCUUGCUUUCUUCGCUUCUACCAUACUUUGUCCUUUUCUUCCUCACUCACUCAUAUUAUAUAGAAUCGUUUCUGAGCUCUUUACUUUACAUUCUCUGAAAAUGGAUUCUUCACCGAUCAAUGUUCUCAAAACAGAGGACCAAUCCCUCGGACAAGAAGGAAACAAGUUUUCCGAUUCUAAUUCUGAAAAAUCCCUGGAAUUUGAAUCGGAGAAGAUGAGCGAUGCGAAAAUGAUUUGCGAUGUUGAGAUUCUCCAGCCUCAUUCUCUGCUCCCGAAGCCCGAGGCACCACCGGGGCUUCUUGACUCUCCUUCGGUAAAGAACGACAUCGUUUUGGAUCAUUUACCGCUGGAGAAUUUCUCCGUCGAUAUUCCAGCGAUUGGGAAAUUUAUCAGGGAGAGAAGCAAUAGUUUCUCGGCUGCAAUCGCUAAGAAGCUCUCGUCGUUUAAAGAAAAUCUCGAUGAACCGAAGUCGCCGGCGAUGUCUGAGUUUAACAUAUCUGGACUUAGAGUUGUUGUGAAGCUGAAGAACGACGACAAUAAAAAAGACAAGGAAGUCAUCAAAGGCAGGAUCAGCUUCUUCUCGAGGUCUAAUUGUCGUGAUUGUACUGCCGUCCGGCAAUUUUUCAGGGAGAAGGGGCUGAAAUUCGUGGAAAUUAACAUCGACGUGUACCCUAGGAGAGAGAAGGAGCUCGUUGAAAGAACGGGGAGCUCGUCAGUGCCUCAGAUUUUCUUCAACGAGAAGCUUUUCGGAGGUUUGGUCGCACUGAACUCACUGAGAAACAGCGGAGAUUUCGAUCGGAGACUACGGGAAAUGGUAGCAUCAAAGUGUCCCGACGACGCACCGUCACCGCCGGUGUACGGAUUCGACGAUGAUCCCGAGGAAGAGGAAGAAUCGACGGAGGAGAUUGUCUGGAUCGUAAGGGUUUUGAGGCAGAGAUUGCCGAUUCAGGACCGUCUGAUGAAGAUGAAGAUUGUUAAGAACUGUUUCGCCGGGUGUGAGAUGGUCGAAGCUCUCAUCCACCACUUGGACUGUGGCCGUAAAAAGGCUGUUCAGAUUGGAAAGCAGCUUGCCAAAAAGCACUUCAUCCAUCACGUCUUUGGAGAAAAUGAUUUUGAAGAUGGAAACCAUUUCUACCGCUUCCUUGAACAUGAACCGUUUAUUCCCAAAUGCUUCAACUUCCGGGGAUCGACAAAUGAUGAUCAGCCCAAGCCUGCAGCCCAAGUUGGUGAAAAGCUCACCAAAAUUAUGUCUGCAAUACUUGAGGCCUAUGCUUCUGAUGACAGACGCAGUGUUGAUUAUAUUGGCAUAAGCAACAGUGAGGAAUUCCGGAGAUAUGUAAACUUAACCCAAGGGCUGCACCGGAUAAACCUUGUAGACCUCACAACCGAACAGAGGCUAGCCUUCUUCCUUAACUUGUACAAUGCCAUGGUGAUCCAUGCAGUCAUAAGGUCAGGAAGCCCAGAAGGAAUAAUGGAUAGGAAAUUCUUCUCCGAGUUCCAAUACAUAGUCGGUGGACAUCCCUAUUCACUUAGUACCAUAAAAAAUGGAAUUAUAAGAAACAACCGCAGGCCUCCUUAUUCCUUGGUUAAGCCUUUUGGUUCCGGAGACAAUCGUUUAGAGCUUGUUCUUCCUAAAGUAAAUCCUUUGAUUCACUUUGGACUAUGUGAUGGGACGAAGUCAAGCCCCACAGUUAAGUUCUUCUCACCUCAAGGAAUCGAAACUGAAUUAAGAACCGCCGCAAGAGAAUUCUUUCAGGGUAUUGGAAUGGAGGUUGAUUUGGAUAAGAGAACGGUUCAUCUCACCCGAAUCAUCAAGUGGUUCAGCUCUGAUUUUGGACAAGAGAAAGAAAUCUUGAAGUGGCUUAUGAGUUACUUGAAUGCAACUAAAGCUGGUCUUUUGUCGCAUCUUCUAAGUGAUGGAGGCCCUGUUAGUAUUUCAUACAAGGAUUAUGAUUGGUCUGUGAACUCUUAAAAAAAAGAUGCCCACCACCUAGUUUGAUGUCGUUGCUGUGGCAUUUAGACGGGAAAAUGUUGUAUAUAAUUACUGAAAUUUUGAGAACUUAUAUUAUUAAGUCAUGAAAAGGGUUUGAUUUUUAAGUCAACAAGUUUGUUAAUUUGUUGAAUUGGAAUUUAUAUAUAUAGGUCAAGUGUUUGAGGAUGGAAGCUUAUAACAUCCAAAAAGAAAAUGUAAAUGGGGUGGGAUGUGUUUCCCUAGUAAUUGACUAAUUGUGUCCUAAAAUGAGGAUUAUGUAUGUUCAUAUAUAUAAAAUUUGAUAAUAGCAUUCCCUCUUGGAUGCAUAA